AUGAAGGAUUGCGACUUGGGUUCCGAUUAUUACAAAAUUCUUCUCGAACGCUUCGCGCAGUACAAUUUCCCGACUCAACCCAACUACAAUGACCACGAGUUGUAUUGUGGGGGUUUCAGCCGGCAGUGGCAGAAAAAUGGCGGCAAGUGCGGGAUUUGCGGCGAUGCCUGGGACUUGCCUCAGCCGAGGCCGAACGAAGCCGGGGGCAAGUACGGGUCAGGACUCAUUGUUCGCAAGCUGGUCAAAAAUGGGCCAGUGAAGAUAAAAGUCGAGCUGACUGCGAACCACGCCGGGUUCUUCGAGUUCCGACUGUGUCCCAACAACAACCCGAAAAAGACGGCUUCCGACCGCUGUUUCGACAAGUAUUUGCUGGAAAGAAUGGACGGGUCCGGAGCCAGAUACUUUCCGACUCCCGGUCGCAGCGAAGUUUUCACCAAUGCGGUUUUUUAA